UUCCUCGGUCCUCUUAAUUAUCGGUUCCAUUUUCUCCUUCGUCACCCUCCUCUCUCUCUCUGUCUCUCUCUCUCUCUCUCUCUCUGUAAAUUUUUUAAUCACAAGAAAACCAUGGGGACAUUUUUCCGGUCUCGCACCGUAACAACCGUCACCGCCGGAGCACUCUCCAUCGCCGCCGUCACCUCCUACACAUCCCAACGUAACACACCCAUAUCCUUAACCGACCGUGGUGGCGGUCCACCGCUAGAAACAUUACGAAAAAAGAUCACCGACCCUACAGCGGUGGUACCCUCACGUGCCGCACAGUAUUCGUCAUUAGCCGCCGCUAGUGUUGAUGAUCCGCUUGAUAUUCUUGUCGUUGGCGGUGGUGCCACCGGCUGCGGUGUGGCUCUUGAUGCCGUUACUAGAGGGUUGCGUGUUGGCCUUGUUGAACGUCAGGAUUUUUCUUCGGGUACGUCGUCACGGUCCACCAAGCUUAUUCAUGGAGGUGUUCGGUACUUGGAGAAAGCCGUCUUCAAUUUAGAUUACGGGCAACUAAGGUUGGUUUUUCACGCCCUGGAGGAGCGUAAACAGUUUAUAGAUAACGCACCGCACCUCUGUCAUGCUUUACCUUGCAUGACACCAUGUUACGGUUGGUUCGAGACGGUUUACUAUUGGGUGGGUCUGAAAAUGUACGAUCUGGUGGCGGGACGGCAUUUACUGCAUCUUUCUAGGUAUUAUUCCGCACAAGAAUCUUCCGAACUCUUCCCUACGCUCGCACAAAAGGGUAAAGAUAGAAGCUUGAAAGGAACGGUGGUCUAUUAUGACGGCCAGAUGAACGAUUCGCGAGUUAACGUUAGCUUAGCGUGCACUGCUGCUUUAGCUGGUGCAGCUGUACUUAAUCAUGCGGAAGUUGUGUCGUUGUUGAAGGAAGAGGGUACGGGACGGAUUAAGGGUGCACGAAUACGUGACAACCUAUCAGGCGAGGAGUUCAACACAUAUGCAAAAGUUGUUGUGAACGCCGGUGGGCCGUUUUGUGAUUCCGUAAGAAAACUAGCUAAUAAAGAUGCAAAACCAAUGAUCUGUCCUAGCAGUGGUGUACAUAUCGUGCUUCCCGACUAUUACUCUCCAGAAGGAAUGGGCUUAAUUGUCCCUAAAACGAAAGACGGGCGCGUUAUUUUCAUGCUCCCGUGGUUAGGAAGAACUGUCGCUGGCACAACCGAUUCCAGCACCAGCAUCACCAUGCUACCAGAACCACACGAGGAUGAAAUCGAGUUUAUUCUAGAUGCGAUCCGUGAUUAUCUUAAUGUUAAGGUACGGCGCGUGGAUGUUCUGUCGGCAUGGAGUGGCAUUCGGCCACUGGCAAUGGACCCGAAUGCAAAGAACACGGAGAGCAUUUCGAGGGACCAUGUUGUUUGUGAAGAGUACCCUGGUUUGGUCACGAUUACUGGUGGAAAGUGGACCACGUAUAGAAGUAUGGCUGAAGAUGCAGUGGAUGCAGCUAUCAAAUCCGGAAAGUUGAAUCCAGUAAAUAAGAGUUUGACAUCCAAGUUAUGUCUUGUGGGUGGAGAUGGUUGGGAUCCUGCAUAUUUCACGGUGCUCGCACAAGAAUACGUACGCAUGAAGGUACAAAACGGAGCCCCAGUCCCUGGAGAGAUGGAUACCGCUGCAGCAAAGCAUCUGUCUCACUCUUAUGGUACCAUGGCUGAAAAAGUUGCUUCCAUUGCGCAGAAUGAAAUUCUAGGCAAGCGGCUAGCUCACGGGUACCCAUACCUUGAGGCUGAGGUGGCAUACUGUGCACGGAACGAGUACUGUGAAUCUGCAGUAGAUUUCAUUGCUAGAAGAUCCCGACUUGCUUUUCUUGACACUGAUGCUGCCAGCAAAGCAUUGCCACGCGUGAUUGAGAUAUUGGCAGUGGAACACAAAUGGGACAAGUCAAGGCAGAAGGAAGAGUUCCAGAUGGCGACGAAGUUUCUGGAAACAUUCCGGUCGUCGAAAAACGCUCAUUUUGAUGACGGAAAACAUACAUAGUUUUGUUUACUCACUCAUUGGUAAAUAGUUGGUUUCUUUCCUUUAUGACAUCGGGUUUGUACCCUAUGUUCGGGUGGCUGUACAUUUCAUGGUGCAAAUAUCCCGACAUACUCGACGACCUAACUAAGAAAUAAAACUUGUGUAUGGAUUCUUGAUUUUGUUUUCAUGUUAAGAAAGCAUUAAUUUUUUUUUUU